UUUCUUUUGUCAAACCAUAAUUGUUUUUUCAUUGUUUUUCUUUCUUUUCAUCUUUGUAUCUCUCUCGGCUUAUGUCUGAGAGGCUCAGCGUUCCCCACUCUUCCUCUAUCGCCUUGGACCUCCAUUCCCAUCUCCUGGUUUCCAGUGAGAUGAACCCUAAUUCUAACUGGUCUCAUUAGAAUUCUCUCAGAUUCAUAUCUUUGUUAUUCUUUUCAUUCUUGUUUGUUUCCCGAGAUAAUAUAAUCAGAAAAUCAUGACUCUUAAGGGAUUUGUCGAAGGAGGAAUUGCCUCCAUUGUUGCCGGUUGUUCCACCCACCCGCUGGAUCUCAUCAAGGUCCGAAUGCAGCUCCAAGGCGAAUCUCUCGCCCCAAAUUCUAACCCUAAUUCCGCCGUCCAAACUCUCCGACCCGCUCUCGCCUUUCAAUCAACUCAUAUUGCAGCUCCAAGAUCUGUUAAUGUUCCACCACCUCCACAGCCUCGCGUGGGUCCAAUCGCUGUUGGAGUAAGAAUCGUACAGCAGGAAGGCGUCGCGGCGUUGUACUCCGGCGUCUCCGCCACCGUCCUCCGUCAAACGCUCUACUCGACCACAAGGAUGGGACUCUAUGACGCGAUCAAGCAGAAGUGGACCGAUCCCGUCUCCGGCAACAUGCCGCUGACGAGGAAGAUCACGGCGGGGCUCAUCGCCGGAGCCGUUGGCGCCGCCGUCGGGAAUCCCGCCGAUGUCGCGAUGGUCAGAAUGCAGGCUGACGGGAGGCUCCCGCAGGCGCAGCGCCGGAACUACAAGAGCGUGGUCGACGCCAUAGCCAGAAUGGCGAGGCAGGAAGGGAUCGGAAGCCUCUGGAGAGGCUCGUCCCUUACGGUGAACCGUGCGAUGCUUGUGACGGCGUCGCAGCUGGCGUCGUACGACCAGAUCAAGGAGACGAUUCUGGAGAAAGGAAUCAUGAGGGACGGACUGGGGACACACGUGGCGGCGAGUUUCUCGGCGGGAUUUGUGGCGGCGGUUGCGUCGAACCCGGUCGACGUGAUCAAGACGCGCGUGAUGAACAUGAAGGUAGAGCCGGGGAUGGCGCCGCCGUACGCCGGCGCGUUGGAUUGCGCGGUCAAGACGGUGCGGGCCGAGGGGCCCAUGUCGCUCUACAAGGGCUUCGUGCCGACGAUCUCGAGGCAGGGGCCUUUCACCGUCGUGCUUUUCGUGACGCUGGAGCAGGUGAGGAAGUUGAUGAAGGAUUUCUGAGAUCUUGAUCAUGAUGAUGACGAAGAGUGUUUUAGAAUAUUAUUAGAUAAAUAGUAAUAUUAGACGUUUUCCUCAAGUGUUGGGAAAGGAAUUUCCGGGGAAUAAUAAGUUAAAACAAUUCAAGCAAAAAAAAAAAAAAAGAAGUUAAAACAAUGUGGGAAACAGCGUUGUAAUCUGUGUCAGCUCGUGGCUAAAUUAAUUAUGUCUUUUUACAUGUGUUUGAUUAUUAUUUUCCUGCAAA